UAGAAAGAAAGGCCCAACGUUUCUUUUAUCAAUUCGAUAAUAAAACCCAAACCGUACGCCCAGUUGAUUAGUCUGAGCCAACACUGUACAGUGACGGGACGGGGGGGAUGGUCGGCCUCCCUCGACCACUGACUUCCCUCGGGCACCGUUGUGAUGAUGCUAGCUUGUCCCUCCUGGUCCUGGGCCUUGUUGCGCCUAUAUAUACGUGGCUAGCUCCUCCUCACUUCACAUGUAGGGGCAUGUGAAGGCAGGCCACCGUCGCUAGCGCUUCGCAUUUGGCCUGCUCUGCCUCUGCCUGCUCGCUACAGCUUGAGCACCAAGGCCGGUCUGCUUGCGCGCGCUAUGGCAGCCGCAGCGGUGGACAGCGGCGACAGAGAUGGAGACCGGAAGAAGACGAAGCAGGGAGGCUUCAGGGCCAUGCCGUUCAUCCUAGAUUUGCUCCUCGGACGAAGAUGGCUCUAGCCUUGUGCGCACGGUUUUUCCGAUUUGCGCGUGAACGAGGUGUGCGACAGGUUCGCGACGGCGGGCUUCAGCGCGAACCUGAUCACGUACCUGACGCAGCAGCUGCACCUGCCGCUGGUGGAGGCCUCCAACACGCUCACCAACUUCAAUGGCACGGCCAGCCUCAUGCCCGUCCUCGGCGCCCUGGCCGCCGACUCCUUCGCCGGCCGCUUCUGGACCAUCAUCGCCGGCUCCGUCUUCUACCAGCUCGGCAUGCUCGGCCUCGUCCUCUCGGCGCUCCUCCCUUCGCUCCGCCCCGCCGGGCUCCAACGCGCCAACGGGCUGCAAAUCGCCGUGCUUUAUAUGUCCCUCUUCUGCACCUCCCUCGGCUCCGGCGGGAUCCGCCCCUGCGUCGUGGCCUUCGGCGCCGACCAGUUCGACAACAACCAGCAGCAGAUCAGGGAUAAUAAGGAAACGGUGGCGGGGAAGAAGAGGCGGUACUUCAACCUCUACUUCUUCACGAUGGGGUUCGCGGUGCUGCUGGCGCUGACGGUGGUGGUGUACAUCCAGGAGAACGUGGGGUGGGGCUGGGGGUUCGGGAUCCCCGCCAUCGCCAUGUUCGCCUCCAUCGUGGUGUUCCUGGCCGGGUACCCGCUCUACGUCCGGCUCAAGCCCGGGGGCAGCCCGUUCACGCGGCUGGCGCAGGUCGCCGCCGCGGCGUUCAGGAAGCGGAACGCCCCGCUGCCGGAGGACCCCCGGAUGUUGUACCAGGACCAUGAGCUCGACGCGCUCAUCUCCACCAAUGGCAGGCUCCUGCACACCAACCAGCUCACGUUCUUCGACCGCGCGGCGAUCGUGACGCCGGGGGACACCGCUGGCGACAAGCUGCAGAACCCGUGGCGGCUGUCGACGGUGCACCGCGUGGAGGAGCUCAAGUCCAUCGUCCGGAUGCUGCCCAUCUGGUCGGCCGGCAUCCUUCUGGCCACCGCGGCCUCGCACAACAACAGCUUCGCCAUCCAGCAGGCGCGCACCAUGGACCGCCACGUCACCCCGGGAGGAGGCUUCCAGAUCCCGCCGGCCACCAUGUCCAUUUUCAUGACCACGGCCAUGCUCGUCACGCUGGGCCUCUACGACCGGGCCCUGGUGCCGCUGGCCCGCCGCUUCACGGGCCUGCCGUCCGGGAUCAACUACUUCCAGCGCAUGGGCGCGGGCCUGGCCAUCUCCAUCCUCGGCGUCGCCGCGGCCGCGCUCGUCGAGGCCAAGCGCCGGGCCUUCGCGGCCCACCACGGUGGGCUCCUCUUUGACGGCCCGCAGCCGCCGGACGCCGUGGUGCCGAUGAGCGUGUUCUGGCUCGUGCCGCAGUACGCCAUCCACGGCGUGGCGGAGGGCUUCUCGUCGGUGGGCCACAUGGAGUUUCUGUACGACCAGGCGCCGGAGAGCAUGCGCAGCACGGCCGCAGCGCUCUUCUGGCUCGCCACAUCGCUCGGCAGCUACAUGGGCACGGUGCUCGUCACGGCCGUGCAGAGCGCCACCAGGGGAAGCGGCGAGUGGCUCCAGGACAACAUCAACCGGGGCAGGCUGGACGCAUACUACUGGCUCGUCACUUGCCUCAUGGUGCUCAACCUCGGCUACUACCUCAUCUGCUUCCAUUUCUACACCAUGAAGCCGUUGGAGCUGGUGGAAGAGGCUGAUCGCGACAAGGAGUUCGAGCUGUCGUCUGCACACAAAAAUGGCGGCGCGGCCGCCGGCGCCGGUGGGUUGGUAUAAGAAAUCCGAGUAGAAAGAGGGUAUAUAUUAAUCACGGCGAUCAGCUGCACAUGCGUGCACAGUUGUUGCAACUCCUAAAUAGGACUAGUUUCAUGGAGCUAGCUAGCAUACAUUGUAAGCGUCCCGACACAAAAUCCAAUUGUGAAGAUCAUGAUAUCGUGUCGCAAAAAGAAGAAGAUUACGCAGCAAAAGCAACCAUGAUAAACAGAGAAUCUGUUGGUGCAAUCACUGGAUCAUCUCUGUUCGCUUUAAUAAUUGGGUUGAAGAAAAAAGCAAAGAAUGUUUCGAUGCUGGAAAGAGCCUG